GUUCGGGUGUGUGGAGCGAAAAAUUGCGGAAAUUCGAUUACUGAAUUGUUACAUACGUGUAUGUAGUGCACUUAUAUACAUACAUACGUACAUAGGUACAUCUAGGAUUGUCGCUUUGACGUUUGCAAUAACGACGUGCGGAGACAAGUGUUUCGUUAUUCGAUUUGUUUUGUGAUAUCGGACAGCGCUGCCAGCCUGUUGCUUGUGCUGCUGCUGCCUGUUGCUGUGCUAAUAAACAAUAGAUAUUUUUGGUGUAGGUGCAAAUCCUAUGUGUUGUUGAGGCAGCUGAUGCAGCAACGGAUGAGUACGCGCUAGGGCAGCUGUCGCUUGAGGAAGUAUCGCUGAAUACAAUGAAUGUUGUAAAAAUUAACAAAGCGACAAAUAUGUAUAAAUAAAAAUAAAUACAUAUAUAUCUUUAUAAAUAUAAAUCAAAACAACAGGUGUGUACGUGUGUGCGCGCUGAAUGCCGAAAAAACAAUCUGAAUAAGCGAAUAAUAUGUGCCAUUUGUUGAGUGAAAACGACGAGCAGCUGAAAAAUUGCAAUUUUCAUCGCCUACUCACCGCGUACUGCUAAUCACUCAUACGCCCCGUACACAUUACCAGGGCAUAAUGUCAGAUUUGUGUAUGGAUAUGCAUCGGCAGCGCACGGCUGCAACAUUGGCAAAUGCAAAACAAAAUAAUAUUAAAAUUAACAAUAACAUCAACGAUUAUGGCUAUGAUAUUUAUAGCAACAACAAAAACAGUUUUAGUAGCUGUCGAACACCUGAAACGCUCUACUCAACACAAAGUCCAACAACAACUGACGAUAUGCCUGCCUUCGACACUAGCGGCACAGCUGACGUUGACAUCAAUAACGAGCUCGCAAAUGUGCUGAGCUUACAGCUGCGCAAACCAAAGCACUGGCGUUGGGAGCUGAGCACUUCACGCUCGUCUGCGAACAUCGCGCUGCCACGCAUUCUGCUGUACGAUCACAAAGGUCAGCUAUUGGUGGAUGCGGAUAGUCAAUUGGAGCAAUGUUACAGUGGGCCAAAAGUGGAGUCAUCACGAAAAGUGACGCGUCGAAAAUCAACGCAGCUCAUGACAGACGACGUUCAGCCCCGUACACGUAAGCGUGCCAGCAAGGCAGCCACCUCUAAUUUGGCGCAUACCAUAAGACAAGCUUUGAAUCGUCAAUUUAGUGGGCUACAAAUACAAGAGGCCACACCCUCACCUGUACCUUCGAACAACUGUAGCACCGCAACAACUACCACUACACCCACAACCGAAAAGUCUACUGCGCUAUCUUCAGCUAUUGACUUUUACACCAAUGAGCUGCCCGAUUACAAGUUACAGCGACGCGCCAAUUCGCUCAAGGGUGUACGUUUUAAAGUCAACGAUGAAUCGGAAAUAAACAAUGAUAUUGCCACCAUGAAGGACACACAUAACUCGUUCAAUCUAGCCAACUUGCCAACGCCACCAUCUACUAUCACCACCUCCACCACCAAUACGCCCACCAAUUCGUCAUCGUCCGGACCGCGUGAAAAGCGUCGCUAUCGACGUUCGCAUAGCUCAGGCCGUUCGCCUGCAACUUCCGAAUCGAUAUUGGAACGUUUCAGUUUCAACAAGGGACGCUUUUCUUCACCUGAAUAUGCCGAAGAACAUGAAGUGUACCAUGCGCCGCGCUAUUUUCUACGCACCAGCAAAGCUGGUACUUUGAUAGUGCAAGAGGAGAGUUUCAGCCGUUAUCGUCGACGGCGUCGGCCACGUAACUCGUCCACUGAGAAUAUACAAAGUUCGAAAAGUUCGCUAAAGUCAGAUAGCGGGAUGAAGCGUCAACAGAAAGCGCUCACUGUAAAUGGUGUCGCUGAAGAGCGACCGAGUGGUAGCCUGUGCAAUGUUAGUGAGCAACAAGCGCAGGUGCUGCGUAGAAAGGUGUUCCCUGUGCGUCGCUAUCUUAGCGAUGGAAAUAUGCUGCUACAACAGCAAUGCUCUAGCUCAGAUGAAGAGCACGAGCAAGAGAAAGAGCGCGAGAAAGACGAUGCGAGAGCGCAGCUGAGACCACGGAAAAUCGCCAACCACAGAAAGCAGAGCAAAAGAGAAUUGAUUAUGAUAGAUUCAGAGAAUGGUGUGCGGCCUGGCGCUGUUACCCCGGAGUCAAGGUGAUGGGCAUUGCUUGCGCAGGGACAGUUGAGUUCAUCUACCUCAACACUAGAUAUUUAGAUACAUAUGCACUGAAUUACAAAAACAAAAAAAAAAAUAUGUUUGUAUUUAUGAUUGUGUGAUUUUUUAUUUAUUUAAGCUAACGAAAGUGGAGAACAGAAAAAUCAUAUGUAUGUAUGUUUGUGCAUAUUUAAAAUAAUUUGUUAGCUUUGAACGUUAAUUGUGAUUACUUGUGAAACUUACUUGUAGGAUUAAUUCGCUAUUGGAAAAAUAAAUCAAAAAAUUUCUGAAUUUAAA